CCCUGAUCUCCCCAUCACACACACACACACACACACACACACACACACACACACACACACACACACACACACACACACACACACACACACACACACACACACACACACACACACCCUCCCUCUGCUCAACGUGCCAAGUUCUCUCUCCCGGUUUUCUUUCCUCUCUGUUUUUCUGUGCCGCCACGUGAAGAGUCCGGACCUGCUCCACUCGCUGCAACCUCCGAGGAGCCAUGAUGAACAAGUGAUUCUUGAGGCCCUGAUUUGGGACCGGAUGUGGUUGUAACCAUGGUGAUGUUAGGGCGGGGGGCCCUUUCCCCUUGUGGACUCGUGCUGGUCAUCUGUUGGUCUUUGUGUGUGUCCCAGCAGCCAAACAUCAAACCUGCAGACUGCAACAGGAAGGAGCAUCCCGUCGUCUCCUACCAAGCACUGAGGUCGUGGGUGUCUGAGUUUUCCCACCCAGGAGUGAAGGAUUUCUCCCAGCUGGCUCUGGACCUGAGCAGAAAUCAGCUGAUUGUUGGAGCAAGAAACUUCCUUUUCCGACUGAGUUUGAGCAACACUUCCCUCAUUCAGGCAACGGAAUGGGCACCCGAUGACAACACGAGGCGUUCCUGUCAGAGCAAAGGCAAAUCUGAGGAUGAAUGUCAGAACUACAUACGCGUUUUGUUGAUCAGUGGUCAGACGCUCUUCACUUGUGGGACCAACGCUUUUGCGCCCAUCUGCAUAACCAGGCAGGUGUCUGACCCCAGCCAGGUGUUGGACACCGUAAACGGUGUUGCUCGGUGUCCUUACGACCCGCGCCACAACUCCACAGCCACGGUGACGCAGAAGGGCGAGUUGUACGCUGCCACGGUGAUCGAUUUCUCCGGACGUGACCCGGUCAUCUACAGGAGCCUGGGGAACAUGCCGCCUCUACGAUCGGCUCAGUACAACUCCAAAUGGCUCAAUGAGCCUCAUUUUGUGUCCGUGUACGAGAUUGGCCGCUUCGUCUACUUCUUCCUGAGAGAAACCGCCGUGGAAAAUGACUGCGGGAAGAUGGUGUUCUCUCGAGUGGCGCGGGUCUGUAAGAACGACAUGGGAGGACGUUUCCUCCUGGAGGACACCUGGACCACCUUCAUGAAGGCCCGCCUCAACUGCUCGCGCUCGGGGGAGAUCCCCUUCUACUACAACGAGCUGCAGAGCACCUUCUACCUGCCGGAGCAGGAACUCAUCUACGGCAUCUUCACCACUAAUGUGAACAGUUUAUCAGCAUCUGCUGUUUGUGCCUUCAACCUGAGCUCCAUCACCUUGGCCUUCAACGGACCCUUCCGCUACCAGGAGAACCCCCGCACCUCCUGGCUCUCCACCCCAAACCCUAUUCCCAACUUUCAGUGUGGCACGCUGGAGGAGGACGGCCCAGGGGAGAACCUGACUGAACGCAGCCUUCAGGACGCACAGCGGCUCUUCCUCAUGAGCGAUGUCAUCCAGCCAAUCAGCAUCAACCCCCUGCUCACUCAGGACAGCCUCCGCUUCUCCAGGCUGGUGGUGGACAUCGUCCAGGGACAACACGCUCUCUACCACGUCAUGUACCUAGGCACCGAAUACGGCACAAUCCUGAAGGCUCUCGCCACCACCAACGAGAGCCUUCAUGGCUGCUACCUGGAGGAGCUCCGGAUCCUCCCUGAGGGCCAGAGGGGAGCCAUAAAGAGUCUGCAGAUCCUUCACAAGGACCGGUCGCUGUUUGUGGGGCUGGGUGACCGGCUGGUGAAGAUCCCGUUGGAACGCUGCUCCAACUAUCCAGCACAACGGGACUGUCUGGAGGCCCGGGAUCCUUACUGUGGCUGGGAUCACAAGCAGAAGCGCUGCACCACCUUCGAAGGAAGCUCCAGCAUGAACCAGUGGACCCAGAACAUCACAGAGUGUCCAGUGAGGAACCUGACCCAGGAUGGAGGUUUUGGUCCAUGGGCGUCAUGGAAACGCUGUAACCACGACGAUGGAGACGGCUUCUUUAGCAGCUGCAUGUGUCGGUCUCGUUUUUGCGACGGGCCGAUGCCCCGAUGUGGGGGAGCAGGCUGCAAAGGCCCGACCAUCCAAGUGGCAAACUGUUCCAGAAAUGGAGGCUGGACUCCCUGGUCCUCCUGGGGUCAGUGCAGCAGCAGCUGCGGAAUCGGAUUUGAGGUGAGGCAGCGGUCCUGCAACAACCCCUCGCCUCGCCACGGAGGUCGGAUCUGCGUUGGCCAGGGUCGGGAGGAGAGGCUGUGCAACGAGAAAAAACCGUGUCCCCUGCUGGUGUCGUGGACGGCGUGGAGCCCCUGGGCCCACUGCAGCGCUGAAUGUGGAGGAGGGGUCCAGUCCAGGACCAGAACCUGUGAGAAUGGGAACAGCUGUCCGGGAUGUGCGAUGGAGUUUAAGGUCUGUAACUUGGAGAGUUGCCCCGAGGUCCGCCGCAACACCCCCUGGACGCCCUGGAUGCCGGUCAACGUGAGCCAAGAGGGGUCCCGGCAGGAGCAGAGGUUCAGGUACACCUGUCGGGCGCUGCUGAACGACCCCCAGCAGCUGCAGCUGGGGAAGAAGAAACUGGGGACCCGCUUCUGUCCGAACGACGGUUCUGGAGCUUGCCAAACCGACUCUCUGGUUGAACAUCUAGUGAAGACCAGUGGACGAACUUUGUCCCAGCCACAAGAAGCCCGAUGGGGAUCCUGGGAGACGUGGUCCAGCUGUUCCCAGCAGUGUUCCAGAGGCUUCCGCACCAGGAAACGCAGCUGCUCCACUCUGGAGGGCAGGACCAACCUGGCGGCCUGUGCUGGAUCACCGGUGGAGUAUCAGGACUGCAACACUCAGCCAUGCCCAGUGAGUGGAUCCUGGUCCUGCUGGUCCACCUGGUCCCAGUGCACAUCUAGCUGUGGAGGUGGGCACUAUCAGCGAACCCGCACAUGCAGCAGCCCGCCACCUGCAAACGGAGGAGACAUCUGCAUCGGCCUACACACUGAAGAGGCUCUCUGCAACACACACCCAUGUGAAGGUUGGAGUGGAUGGACGGACUGGGGAGACUGUGAUGAGGAAGGUCUGCAGCAUCGCAAUCGUCACUGUGGGCAGGACCAGGGGUCAGAGGUCAACCUCUGUCAGGGUAACCUCACUCAGUCCAGACCCUGUCAGGCUCACGAGGUUCCAGUGAUUCUGCCUGAAGAAGAGACCCGGAGCUGUGAAACCUUUACGUUGUUCCAGCUGGUGGCUGUGGGUGUGGCCAGCUUCUUCGCUGCAGCUCUGCUGUCUGGACUUGUGUUCUCGUACUGCCACCACCUGAACCGCCCGUCGGCCGAGUCGGCCGUCAUCCACCCCAGCACGCCCAACCACCUCACCUACAACAAGCACGGCAACGCCGCAGCAAAGAACGAGAAGUACAUCCCUAUGGAGUUUAAGAUGCUCAACAAGAACAACCUCCAUGUGAAUGAUGAGAUGUGCAACCACUUCUCCACCCAGCUGGCCUCCAGCAACAUGUUCACCACCACCUAUUACCCUCCCUGUGUGAGCAAGUACGACUUCAACCCCGACUCCCCCUGCAGGUCCUACAUGCACAGCUGAGAGGAGGCUUCUUCAUUCUCCUCGCCACCUCCACGACACGUUUCCUCUUCAGCUCAACCCAAGACAAGAUUUCAACAAGUCCAGAACUAAACACCAAAUUUUUUCUGUGAACUUGCUUCCCUGUUUUAAGGAUCAAGUCACGUUUUUUCACAAUAUAGUUUAUUUCUUUUGCUCAGGACUUCUGAAAUCUGGAUUUUGGUGCUAUUUUCAAAUGCCAGAAGCCUCAUUUCAGUUCAGGGUCAGAUUUGUAUGCCUCUUACACAACCCUAGCUUUUACAUUUGGUCACAUGUUUUCAUUAACAGAGUUUAAGUUUUACACAAUAUGGUGCCUCGCUCAUUUUAUGAACCCCCUAUGCCUGGGUGCUGGUGUUUAUCUCCAGCAGUCAUCAGAUGAGAUCAUUGUGAGAUGGGGGACACCCUGGACAUGUCCACAGGCUAUCACUGGGACACACAAAGCUAGCCACACACUCACUCACACCUAGACUACUUUCCAAUCAACCUAACAUGUAUGUUUUUGGUCUGUGGGCGGAAGCCAGAGUGUGGAUGUGCUAACUCCAUGCAGAACAGGGUUUAAGCCUGUGACCUUUACACUACCAAACACCAGCGCUGCCCACUGCUUCACCAUGCAGCCCUCAUCGUGAACCUUAAAGUGAGUCUCGGAGAGAUUGAAUGUAAUAUUCUGCAGAUUAGGUGGACUUAAAUCAACAGUUUUCUUUCUUCAUACCCUUUGGAAUUUUCUUCCAGAGACUAUUUUGACAACUUUUGCAAAGCUGCCUGUGAAAGUUUGCAGUUUUGUUUCUUCUUAAUAGUUUUUUGGUGAACAAACAGAACCAACAAAACAACCAUCAACAAGAAGCUGCAUGUGGUCAGUCUGAUUCAUCUGUGCGUGAGCAAAGACAUGAAAGUGCAGCUUGACUCUCCAGUGAGUCUGUCUCUUGUUUGUUUUCUGAUGAAAAAAAAACUUCUACAGGACUAUUUUUCCUCUUUCAUUGAUUUUCUUUGUGUGCCCUGUGUGGAAAAGCCCAAAGCCAUUGAUGCAGGAGGUGGGAGUCAACAGCUUAAGGGCCUAGCCUGUGACACAAAACUCUUGUUUGCAUAAGUGGAGAUGCUAACAAGAUACUUGUUAGCUGUAGUGCUGUUAUAGAGGACAAAAACAGGAGACAAGGAAAGACAAACAGCACAAACUGAUAUUCUGCUUGCUAACAAGCUAGUGUUAGCGCUGCUUGCUCUCUGCUUAAGGAAACUGGACGCGCCUUUAGCUCUAUCUGAAAAUGUUGCUUUCUAGAACAACUGGAUUCACCCCAGCUUAAAGAGAAAUAGCAACUCAUGGCGAUGCUUGAGAUGACAAAUACACACAUGUGCGCACAUGCACGCACGCACACAGACACACUAGGAGUAGCAUUUUCUGUAUAUAUGAGUUAGCAUGUUUUCCCCAUGCAUGUGUUGAGUUAGCAUGUUCUCCCCAAGUAUGCAUAAAGGCAGCAUGCUUUCCCCAUGCAUUUGUGGAAUUAGCAUGUUCUCUACAUUCAUGCGUAGAGUUAGCAUGUUCUCCUCAUGCAUUGCUGAAGCUAGUAUGUUUUCCCCAUGUAUGUGUGGGUUUUCUUGGGGUACCCUAGUUUCCUCCCACAAACCAAAAACUCGCAUGUUUGGUUAUAAACUGCAAGUUGAUUUGGUUGAAUAAACAUAAAGACAUAGUCACCCCCCACACUCUGCACCCUGGGCCAUUGUACCUUAUUAAAAUUUCUGCAAAUUGGCAACUCUACAGAAGAUUCUGGUAGGUUUAUGACUUGCCUGCUUUAGUGUUUAGCGUAUUGAAACAAACACUGAAUAAACAGAUUUUGACACAUCUCAAUCUGCACUGUACACUGUUAAAGAAGUUUUCAUAACUUUUAUGUCUCAGUAGGUUGUAUAAAUAUUUUUGGCAGUCAUCACUGAUGCCACAAUUAAGAUUGAUCUAACACGUUUAAGCUAUAUCAACAUUUGGGAAACUAACACACAAAAUGGUCUCCAACUAGAUCUGUAGUGUAUAUUUGAAGAGAACAUGAAGAAUUUAUGAGUCUUAAAAUCGCGUUUUAAAUGUGAUUGUGAUGCGACGCUCCUUUGGUUUUGCAGGUUUCAGGUAUUUACAUGUAGAUUUUAACACUGUUGUAUUUUUACAGGAAAUAUUCUGUUCCAACGUGAAAAAUUCAAACUGUUGUUCCUUUUUUGAUUUGGCUCAUCAACGUAUGGAACCCAUUUUAAACUUGGAAAAGUCAAUUUUGCUUUUACCUAUUCAAACACAAGCCAGAUUCUCCAUGUUGUACUUGACUGGUACUGGUUUGUAAGUACUGUCUCCAGGUCACUUUUGUGUCACCGAUUGUGGUGUUUCACACGUUCUUGUUUCCUUUUACAGAAAACGUUUUACCUUUGACGUUCAAGCCAUAAGAUAGCUGUAAAAUGAUAUAAACACAGUCUUUACCUGUCUGUUACAUGCAAACAUGUGCAUCCUUAAAGGGACAGUGUGUAUUUUUCCUGGUGAUAGGGGGCAGUAGAUACCUAAAUUGUUGCAAGCCAGCAGUAUUUUUGUGUUGGAGUAAGACCUUACCAAUGGAUGCCCAUUAGGGUCAAAAAGCCCUGGGGAGUGCAAACUUCAGUAAAACAACAUUUCAGAACGAUGAAAGUUUUGUAACUGUUUGCUACAAAUCAGUAAAUGCAUUUUGUCCUCUUGGGCUCCCGUAGAAGGAAACAUGGCGUCUAAUAUGGGAUCUUAGAUCUUAAAAUUUGAGCUUUAAACGAUUUGGAUUUUUUUAUGUUUUCCACACGAUCAAUUUUUUCAUUCCAGAAAAAUGUGAUGACCUUUUAAGAAUGAACACUCUUAUGUUUCCAAAAUGUAAAUAUUACGCAAAGGAUUUAAUCAUGUUUGACAGAACAAUUUAACUUUGCAGCUCCGGAUUUGUAAACUGCUUGUCUGUGUUUGUAAGAAAAGAUUUCAACUCCACACUGAAGGAAUUUAUUUAGCUUCCCCUGAAACAUAAACUCAUGCCUGAGACGAAUUUACCUUAAAAAUCAUUUAAAUGCUGUAAACUCUUUAUUUUUAUAUAAUGUACACUGUAAAAACAAAUAAAGUCAAAAGACUAUUUGCGACGAUUGAUGAACUUUUAAUAUCUAAAAUCACCAGUUGAGUUAAAAGGAGUCAUGCACCUCUUCCUCUAAUAAACCUGCUGUGGAUUCCAACAUGA